GAACCACGUUAUAUUUUCGCAAUCCGCCCAUGGUCACACUGGUUCUUAUCGUUGUUGCUUGUGCUUUUCGAUCGCGGAUGUGUGCUUUUCGAUCUCGCGAUCUCUAAUUUCUUUAGCAAUCUAUAUAUAUGUACACACUGCACGGUGGCAGCAGAGAAAGAGAAAAAACAACUGCAUAUCAUAUGCGAUAUAGCAAGCGUUUGUCUUAGUGUGCGUGGGUGUGCGAAUAACAAAUAAUACGAAAUGAACGACCAAGAGAAACAACACCAGCAACAACAACAACACUUCUUCCACAGCGAGUGGAAGACUACCGCUAAUAGUCAUGGAAAUUCGUUAUCAGACAGCCGGGAUUAUGAUACCAACUCGUCGCGCAAUUCGCUUUCCGGCUCCCCGCCCAUCGCCUCCAAUUGCUCCUCCUCUGGUUCCCUGGACUUAGACAGGCCACUGGCCCAGUUGCUCGAACCGAAACUGGAGGCAGACGGGCUGGGCAUCAUCCAUGGGGAUAACUACAGCAUCUACGGCAGCCAGACGGCGGAAUCCACCAGUGGCGAGCAACAGGUGCUUAAUCUGGGCCUCACCCUUGACUCGGGGGACGGCCAGGCGACGUAUGGCGACCUGUUCGGUGCCCAGGAUCAACUCACUGCAUCUCAAACUCACGGCCAUUCACAAGUUUUUGUAUCUGCGGCAGCGGACGUUUUUUCGCUAGCGGAUCAACUAACACCACUGCCCAUCACGGUCAUACCCAUCACAUAUCACCAUACCACCGAGAAUCUCAGCUCCAGCCACGCUGAAGUUCCGCUGAUAGCCAGUCUGAGCGAUAGCACCGCCCAGGUGUUCAAUCUGGAUGACAUCUGCUUCACGCUGGAGUACCAGUUCGAGAACCAGAGGCUCGUCCAAGUUCAGCCGCCCACUGUGGUUUCGCUCAGCAUGGUGUCCAGCCCCAAUGAGGCUGCAAAUCCCCCAAUCAACUGUGAUAACGACCAGAGAACUGGAAACAGCAUCUCUAGGGACUCCACAUCCAAUUCUCCAGCUUAUUUCACAAUUGAGACGAGCUAUGUGGAUGAGUACGAUCCAAAUGAGCCGGACGAGGACGAGCAGCUGGCCCACUGCAUCCAACCGGGCGUGCUGCACCAAGAUGUCGAUGAGGAGGAGGUGGAGAGGCAGGACGAGAACGAUCAGCUAAUGGCGUUGGCCUACGAGAGUUCGGAUGAGGCUCUCAGUCGCUAUAGAUGCAAUUAUGAGAACUGUUAUCGCAGCUACAGCACAAUUGGAAAUCUGCGAACGCAUUUAAAAACCCACACGGGCGACUACAGCUUUAAAUGCCCGGAAGAUGGAUGCCACAAGGCAUUCCUCACUUCCUACAGCCUGAAGAUCCACGUCCGCGUCCACACGAAGGUGAAGCCAUACGAAUGCGAGGUGUCCGGCUGCGAUAAGGCUUUCAACACGCGCUACAGAUUGCACGCCCACCUUCGUCUGCACAAUGGCGAGACGUUCAACUGUGAGCUGUGCCAGAAGUGUUUCACCACGCUGAGCGACCUGAAGAAGCAUAUGCGCACGCACACCCAGGAGCGGCCCUACAAAUGUCCGGAAGAUGACUGCGGCAAAGCCUUUACCGCCUCGCAUCACCUGAAGACCCACCGAAGGACACAUACUGGCGAAAAGCCGUAUCCCUGCCAGGAGGACAGCUGCCAAAAGUCGUUCAGCACAUCGCAUAGUUUGAAAUCCCACAAAAAGACUCACCAGCGGCAAUUGCAAAACAAGGGUCGCAAGAAAAGGCCACUAAAGACGCAGCAGACCAAGUGCAGCGAUCAGGAGCAGAAGGAUCCACAGCAGGAGGAGCAGGAGGAAGAGGAGUUCAUUAAAGAGGAUCAACCCGAAAUGACGUUGUUAAAUCCAGGCAGUCACUGCUCCGAAACCACUAGCACGGACAGCGGAGUAGUGCUGCAAACUCUCACGCCGCAGGAUCAGUUGUCCAAUGUGUUUAUCCUGCAGGGCGACGAGCCACUGAUCCUUCCAGAAACAUCACAGGCCUACCAGCUCUCCUACGCCGCCGAGGAGGAAAUACCCAGUCCGUGGAUUGACGCCGGCGUCCUUGUCUCCAAGCCCAUCAUUCCCAUGGCUCCGCUGACGGAUGCCUGCGUGGCCCUGCCCACCGAGAUGCCCAGUUUCGUUAACCUGAAGCCCACAUUCGGCAAUGCAGUAAGCGGCAACAUGGGGGAUCCGCAGCCGGAGACCAUGGAUGUGGAUCCCACAGUGGAACCCUCACUGCCCACGCCCACCUUGGAGUUGAAUCAGCAAAAUAUCGAAGAGCUGCUCAAGCAGGACAGUUUCGAGAACGAGGAGGACAUGGAAACGGAGUCGCUCCUAAAUGACAUCCUCAUGACCAUCGACAACAACAGUGCGCUGCUGCAGGCCACACUUCAGCAGGCUUCACAGGUGCCAAGCGAUGCAUCCGGCUUGGUGGAACUGGACAUACGGGACAACAAGCCGACUCUAAAGCAGAUCACAGCGGAUGCGGGCAUCUGCAAUUGCACCAACUGCAAAUGCGAUCAGACAAAGAGCUGUCAUGGGGGCGACUGUGGUGCUGCAGCUGCUCAACAGACCACCAGGACUGGCGCACCCACAACCAGAACAACAACAACGAUGAAUUCCAGCGGUGGUAAACGCAUUUGCGGCAGCGUGGCGCCCACCAAAAAAGUGAGUAAACGUGAUGCGGAAAUGAACCAGAACAUCGAGGAUGUUGCUUUGCUGCUGCAAAACCUUGCUUCCAUGAGUAGCGGUGGCUCCUCCGGCGGUGGCGGCGGUUGCUGCGGUGGUGGUGCCGUCAAGCCAGCACCCUCAGGUGGUGGCUGCUGUGGAGAACCCAAAGCUCCGAAGCCCGUGAAUACCGGUUGUGGUUGUGCCCGGCCAAGUGCUCCCUCCUCUGGUGGUUGUUGCGGCAGUGGAGUUGCUCCUACUUCAAAACCAUCGGGUGGUUGCUGUUCAGGCAACCAGAAGCCAGCUCCAACCGCUACCCCUACCUCGUCAGCCUCGUGUUGCUGCUCUGGCAAGGGCGAAGUCCAGGAGCCGCCGGUCAUUAGCAGCGCUUCUUCAGCUCCCGCUGCCGCCGUCAAGGGCAACGCCUGCACAUGCAAGAGUCCGGCGGAGGGCGUGGCCAACGGCUGCUGCGUGGUGAUCUGCAUUAAAACGCUGCAAGCUCUUCGCAAAGUUCUGACGCGCCGGAAUCUAAAUCUAAUGCUUUGUCCACAGCAGAACUAAACUAAGAACUACCUAUGUACACUAAUCCAGAUGACCCAAACCAAAUCCACGAGCCCAGAGAAUCCGAUCAUCAGAAAUUUGAAAAUGGUAUUGAGCCUGUAAAAAGUAUUUUUCCCAUUAAGAAACAAAAAAAAAAAAAAUUAACAAAAAUUAUCAAAGUGCAUUUAAGUGAAACGAUUCAAUCAUAUGUGAUCCCAGCGGAGGCUGGCCGCGCUAUCCCAAAACCUACUAUAAUCAUUGUAAACCCAACAUUAUCUAGAAUCCCAAAGUAGCUUCUAGUGGAGCAGACAGAGAGAUAAAUCAAACAUAGCCAUAAAUAAAGUGUGCGAGGAUAUGUCCGCCUUAUCGGACAAUAAAACAUGGCAGACUACGAAGUAUACGCCCAAUUGAUACACAUGCACAACUGGACAGCUGAUAAAUGACCGUCUGUUCCCUUUAAUAUAAAGCACUUACUUGUUUUUUGAAUCAUUUUUAAUAUUUAACACGUUGAAUAUCUUUGAGUUUAUCUACAACUAACAAAUGUAAUUUAUUACCACCCCAGAUCAAAAGCGAUCCAUGCCUUAGGGACGUAAUAUAUUUAUAUGUGGGGGGGUUCAUUUGUUAAAUUGUAUUAAUCAAAAAUAAUAGAAUACUAUUAUACUAUAUUAUGUUUUUUGUAUGGAGUUUAUGACGCUUUAUAUCAUGCCAAAUAUGAACAGAAACAUAUUUUUCACUGUUUUCUUAUAUACCCAAGUUAAACCAUCUGUAUAAAGUCGAAUAAAACAUAAAACUAAA